AUGAAUGUGAAUAUUCUUCAUCGUGAUGAUGUCAGACGCACUGUGAAUGUUACGCGUGGUGUCCUAAACCUAAUCGGCUUAUGGCCGUUGCCUGGCAAUUCGUCUACUCUUAGAAUUAUUCAGACAAAGAUGCUCAGGAUUCUGUCUCAGGUCCUUCUCUACUUUAUUAUUGUGCCGGGUGUACUUACGAUGUUCCUCAAGGAAUCAAAUGCGCGUCGGCGCAUCAAGAUGAUAGCUCCUAUAUGCAGCUGCUCGAUGGCGGUGCUAAAACAUACGUUGAUGAUUUAUCGAAGUAAUCGAAUCAAAGAUUGCAUCGAGCACAUUGAUAAAGAUUGGAAUAAAGCGAGCCUGAUAGGAGACCGCAGAAUCAUGAUGAGCAAUUCGAAAAUCGGACGCAGCCUUGCGAUCUUCUGCGUAGCCUUCGUAUACGGCAGCGGAUUCUCGUACCGCACAAUCGUGCCAUUAUCUCGCGGAAUCAUCGUCACACCGCAAAACGUGACAAUCAGACCGAUGGGAUUCGAUGGUUAUUAUGUAUUCGUCGAUCCACAGAAGACGCCAGCUUACGAGAUUAUCUUUUCACUCCAAUUUGUCUCCGGGUUUGUGCAUUGUUCGGCAACCAGCGGAGCUUCUAGUUUGGCAAUUCUUCUGGUAUUGCAUGCCUGUGGUCAAUUAAAAAUUCUCAUCACUAGAAUAGAGGAUCUCACGCAGGCUAAGUACUUCUCUGAUAAAUAUGCCAACGGGAAAUUGGCAGCUGUCGUGAGGCAGCAUAUUAGAAUAAAGAGUUUUCUAAGCAAGGUAGAAGAAAUUUUGCAAUAUAUAUGUUUGGUGGAAGUAGUCGGGUGCACGUUCCUUUUGUGUCUUCUUGGAUAUUAUAUAAUAAUGGAGUGGGAAAAUAACAAUGCAGUAUCUAUGCUAACGUAUACUAUACUUCUUUUAACAUUUAUUUUUAAUAUCUUCAUAUUAUGUUACAUCGGUGAGCUUCUCACGGAUCAGAGCACAAAGAUGUACAUCACUUUUUGUACUUUCGACUGGUAUCGAAUUCCACACAAAACUGCUCGCGGUCUCGUUUUGAUAAUCGCGAUGUCUAGUAUUCCUAGUAAAAUUACUGCGGGAAAAUUUAUGGAUCUAUCUUUAAAUAGUUUCGGUGCUAUUAUGCGAACAUCUGUGGCAUAUCUGAAUAUAUUACUGACUCGUAUUAUUCUGCGAUCAAUCGGCGCGUGGCCGAGUCCAAAUUACGCCUCCAACAUGGAAAGAAUUGCUACUUGUUUUCAAAACGUCAUUUGUCACUUUUUAUUCGGGUUCAUCAUUGUGCCGGGUCUUCUACAAGUAUUUCUAAAGGAACACGAAUUCAAACGUAGAGUCAGACUGCUUGCGCCAAUUGUGAAUGCUUCGAUGAGUUGGAUAAAGUAUUUCAUGAUACUGAAUCACGCAAAGAAGAUUCAAUCUUGCCUGAAUCGGACGCAUCAGGAUUGGAGCGAUACGAUUAAUGCAAGCGAUAGGAAAGCGAUGCUGUCUACAGCGAGAGUAGGCCGAAAGUUUGCGAUUUUUUCUGCUGUCUUCAUGUAUACCGGCGGACUAUGUUAUCGAAUAAUCAUGCCAAUUUUGAAGGGUCGUAUACUCACACCGGAGAACAUCACGGUGAGAGCGCUGGCAUUACCGAGUUACUUCAUUAAGUUCGAUGGACAAGUGUCACCAGCGUACGAGAUCGUCUAUACUUUGCAAGCCUUCGCAGGAGUAGUUACCUAUUCGACAAGAGUCAGUGCAGCCGGCUUGGCUGCAUUUUUUAUCAUGCACGUUUGUGGACAAUUAAGCAUUAUAAUGGGCAAACUGCAGAAUCUCAACAACAUAACGAAUUCUAACGAUCGAGCUGUCGCGAUAUUACUGGCUAAUAUCGUACAGCAUCAAAUAAAAGUGAAAAAUUUUCUAGCACAAGUAGAGGCAACGAUGCGAUAUGUAUGGUUAGUGGAAAUAAUGGGCUCUAGUCUACUUUUAUGCCUUUCAGGCUAUUAUAUUAUUAUGGAAUGGCAGAAUAAUGACUUAACAGUUAUGUUAAUUAUGUCUGUGAUGCUUAUAUCUUUCAUUCUUUCCAUUUUUACCUACUGUUAUGUGGGUCAACGAUUGACAGAUCAGAGCAUCAAGGUUGGAUUAAUGACGUCCACGACAAACUGGUAUCAUCUUCAGUACAAAAGAGCCCGUUGUUUAAUACUGAUAAUGGCAGUUUCCAAUAUUCCGGCAAAAAUUUCGGCAGGCAGAAUGAUAGACAUAUCUCUACCUACAUUCAGUAACAUCGUUAAAACAUCGAUGGCGUACUUUAAUAUGCUCCUAAAAUUUGCGUAAUUUUGAUGAAAUAAUUAUAAUAACAGUACAGUACACGAUAUUAAUCUGUAAUUGACGCUAUCUUUCAAAUGAUUAACAAGAUGAAGGGCCAAUCUUCUUAUUGUAAUUUUAAUUUUCUCC